CUAACCUUACGUAAGGCCAGCUCGAGUAAGCUGGGGGAAAGGAAAAGACAACACUCAUAAACACUAGGCACACUCCUAAUAGCGCCUAUGGUCUUCCUCUUUUAUGUCUUUCUCUUUUCUCUUGCAAUUAUCUUCUCGUUUCUGGAAUCCAGAAAUCAUUUUUACAUGAGUUCACCUGAAGAUUCUGAAAUGAGCAACCCUGAAGAUUCUGAAAUGAGUGCCUCUGACGAUUCUGAAAUGAGUCCAUCUGAAGAUUCUAACUUCAGUACCAAUGGAAGCGCCAAAGUGAUGUGCUUUUGUAGCCUUCCUGCUGAAAUGCGAGUGUCUCAUACACCCGGAAAUCCUUUCCGAUUAUUCUAUAAUUGCCAAAAGAGGUUUACUCAAUGUGAAUUUCUUCAGUGGGUUGAUGAGCCAGAUUUAACUGGUGAUAGACAUGUCGAUGAGCUAAAUCUCAUCCGCAAUUAGUGCAUUAGACUACAAGAAAAACUGGGUGACAUCGAACGGCAACAAAAUAGUGAUAGGGAUGCCUGAUAAAGGGAGAAAUCUGAGCUCAUGUUAAAGUUUUCUACUGUUCAAAGUGAACUGAAUGAGAUUAAAAAAAGAAUUAAAUUUGCGAUUGAGUCAGAUCUUAUGCCCCCUAUUGAUAAAUUAUGGAGUGCGAAUGAUGAAGGAGAUAAUGCUAUAGAGAUCCAUACUGUAUAGGCAGUAAAAUCAAAUAUCUGGUGGAUGUACAGUUUCCUUCUUCUCUCCUGAGUUUUGAGUUGUUUUUAUCUGGUUAAUAUCUUUCAUGUAAUUAAAGCUUCUAAAUAGUAUGCCUUCGGGUUUCAGUGAGGUAGGUAUACAAAGUAUUGAGAACAGUCUUGGGUUCAGCUCUCCCUCUUCUAUCUCUCUGAACCUUGCUACAGCAGGCUUGCUGAAGUGAACUUUACUAAUUGCACCAUGGCUUCCCCUUGCAUUA